AUGUUUCGACCCCUCCUACCCCGCCAUCUCCCUCGAUCCUCUUCUCUCCUCCGCAACCUUUCAACUCCUCUCACCUCGGCCUGCUCGCCGUCUCUCCAGUCCACCUUCAGCAUCUCUGCUAGAGCCUUCUCAGUUUCCGCCGCCGACAUGUCGCAGUGCUACUUCCAGCUCGAGUGGGAGGGCCCCACGAUGGAUGAGAGGGGCAACCUCACCAGCCAGGUCCGGCUGCAGUCCGGCCGCAUCGUCUUCAACCUCUUCGACGAUGUUGUCCCCAAGACCGCUCGCAAUUUCCGUGAGCUCUGCACUGGCGUGCACGGUUACGGCUACAAGGGCUCGACAUUCCACCGCAUUAUCCCUGAAUUCAUGCUCCAGGGUGGUGACUUCACCCGUGGCAACGGCACUGGCGGCCGCUCGAUCUAUGGCGAGAAGUUUGCCGAUGAGAACUUCAAGCUCAAGCACGACCGCCCCGGGAGGCUCUCCAUGGCCAAUGCCGGCCCUAACACCAACGGCUCUCAGUUCUUUAUCACGACUGUCAAGACUUCUUGGCUCGAUGGCCGUCACGUUGUGUUCGGUGAGGUUGCUGAUGAGGAGUCCAUGAAGGUUGUCAAGCUGAUCGAGGCUACUGGCUCCCCCAGCGGCGCUAUCCGCUACUCCAAGAAGCCCACCAUUGUUGACUGCGGUGUUGUCGCCUAA